UUAGGUUAUGUCAUGUAGAUGAGCUCCCGGCAAAAACCUUUGUGAGCUUAUUAAAAUAAGAAUAACACCAUGACUGAGGACAAUCAUUCUCAAUCAGAAGACACAUUUAAAAUACUAGUUGCUACUGAUAUACAUUUAGGAUACGCCGAAAAGAAUGCGAUUAGAGGUCAAGAUUCGUUCGUCACCUUUGAGGAAAUAUUACAAUUAGCUUCUAAGAAUAAAGUCGACUUUCUACUUUUGGGUGGAGACCUGUUUCACGAGAGUCGACCAAGCCCUUAUUGCAUUAACAAGUGCUUGGAGUUACUGCGAAAGUAUUGCCUUGGAGACAAUCCGGUACAAAUCGAGUUUCUAUCGGAUCAGUCCUACCACUUUCAGACACAAAGACAUUCGAUCGUCAACUACGAGGAUCCGAAUUUGAACGUUUCGAUUCCCGUAUUUUCAAUUCAUGGCAAUCACGAUGAUCCUACAGGCAAUAAGCAAAUAUCGGUGCUAGACGUGAUAGCAGCGUCCGGUUUAAUUAACUACUUCGGACGUUUGAACGAUUACAAAAUGAUCAAUAUUAAACCAAUUCUAUUGAAAAAGGGGAAAUCAAAGUUGGCCAUUUAUGGUUUGUCGCAUAUUAAAGAUGAACGGUUAGGACGAUUGUUUCGCGACAAGAAGGUGUUAAUGAAAAGGCCACAAGGCGAGGACUGGUUUAAUAUUCUCGUGUUACAUCAAAAUCGUGCCGCGAGAGGUGCCAAGAAUUACAUUCCUGAAACGUGCAUUCCGAGUUUUAUCGAUUUGGUGAUCUGGGGGCACGAGCAUGAUUGUCGGAUAGCACCCGAGCAAAUUGAAAAGGGAAUUUACAUUUGUCAACCAGGCAGUUCGGUAGCAACAUCCCUCGCCGCCGGCGAAUCGAUUAAAAAGCAUGUGGGUCUGCUUCAGGUGUAUCUGAACAGUUUUAAAAUGAUUGCGUUACCUUUGAAAACGGUACGGCCGUUCGUUAUCGACGAGUUCUUCUUGGAAAGUCCCGCUUCGGAGAAUUACCAGUUAGCGAAACCGAGCGAUCAGGCUAUAGAGAUGGUUAAGCAAAAAAUUGACGAGAUGAUUGACGCAAUUAAAUCUCAGCAUAAAGACGAAUCGAAACCGGCACCUUUACCACUAAUACGAUUAAAAGUGAUGUACCACAACGACGGUCAAAUGUUCAAUCCAAUUCGUAUAGGAAUGCACUUUCUCAGUCGCGUAGCUAAUCCAGACGACAUGAUUAAGCUAAUAUCCAUGGCGGCUAAAGAAAAAAGGGUCAAGUCGAAUUACGACUUGGACGACGAGGAUUUGCGUCAGUUUGAAGAUGUUAAUGCCUGGGCGACCUGUGUCGAAGACAUUAUCGUGAAGUAUCUAGAUACGGAUGAGCGAAAGAAGGGAAUGUCGAUUUUGUCAGUUAAGGGGCUUGUCGAUUCGGUUUCUCGCUUUGUCAAGUACGAAGAUGCGGAGGUACUGCCCGGUUUAGUCGAUAAACAGUUGAAGAAGACGAUUGAUCUAAUUACAAAAAUGGACCCUCCUCCGGAAGUAGAUAAAAUUCAAGAAGCGAUAGAAGGACUGAGAGAUCAAAGGUUGAGAGAGAGCGGAGAAAUUGGCAACGAGAAUCAAGAUUAUAACAACAUUAACGAUGUUAUAAACAAAAAAUCUGCGAGUAACAACAGCAAAGCAGAAGAAGACGAUAUUAUGCAAAUUUCUAGCGAUGAGGAGCAACCGUCAACUAGUAAGGGUUCGGCUAAGAAAACCACGCCGGCUAGAGGGCGCGGUAGUCGUGGAGGUCGAGGGAGUCGCGGAGGUGCGGGUAGAGCCACAAGAGGAAAACGUGGCAAAAGUACUGAUUAUUCGACUAUUGAUAGUUUUUUUGAUUAAGUUUUAUUUAUGUUCGAAAUAUAUGGCGUACCAUUUUCAUUUUUA